AUGAAGAUUAUCUCUUGGAAUAUAAGGGGAUUAGGGAAAAGGGAGAAAAGAAGAGGAGUUAAAAAUCUUUUCUCUCAGCAUAAAGUCGACUUUCUGCUCCUUCAAGAAACAAAGGUAGCAACAAUCACAAAUCAUCUCAUCCACUCUAUUUGGCCCCACAAUGAUUCGGGUUUUGCAGCAGUGAAGGCUGAGGGCUCUUCGGGCGGUAUUAUUAGCGUCUGGGAUAAAUCUGUAUUUUCAGUUUGUGAAUGCAUUCAGAGACCGAACUUCAUACUUCUAAAAGGUACGAUCUCUCCGGACUUUGAUUGUAUUUUGAUUAAUAUUUAUGCUCCUAAUGAAGCCAGGGCAAGGAAAAUUCUCUGGGAUGAAUUAUUAAGCCUCAGAGUUAGUUUUGAUUUACCAUGGUGUAUUGGGGGAGACUUUAAUGAAAUUAUUAGAAUUGGGGAAAGAAAAGGCUGUCUUACAAUCUCUGCUAGUAUGAAACAACUCAGUGACAUGGUGGCCAAUCUGGAGCUUAGAGACCUUCCCCUGCAAGGAAGAUCUUUCACUUGGUCAAAUAAUCAAGAGGCUGACAGAUGGAGCAGAUUAGAUAGGUUUCUCCUUCACUCACAAUGGCUGGAUAGAUUCGAUUUUAAACAAUGGGGUCUUCAACGAUUAUUAUCCGAUCAUUGUCCAAUUCUUCUCAUGGUGGAUAAUAGAGAUUGGGGUCCAAAGCCGUUCAGGUUCCUCAACGCCUGGACCUCCCAUCCUAAAUUCCUAAAUGUUGUCAAAAGAGCAUGGAAUCAGAGUGUGCACCUUGGCUGGGCUGGGCACAGAAUUUUCAUGAAGCUUAAGGAUGUGAAAUCAGCUCUCAAACAAUGGAAUAUAGAGGAGUUUGGUGAUCAGAAUGAAAAAUUAAUUUCCAUUGGUAAUCAAUUACACACGCUGGAUCUCCUUCAAGAGACCUGUUCUUUAUCUGAGGAGGAGUCAACAAACAAGAGGAAGCUGAAAUUCGAAUUCUGGAAAACUUCAAGGCUGAUUGAGAGCAUUUGGCUGCAAAAAUCUAGGCAAGUGUGGUUCAAGAAUGGAGAUAAAAACACCAAAUAUUUCCAUAUGAUUGCAAGCACAAGGCAGAGGAAAAAUUCAAUUGGCAAUCUAUUCAUCAAUGUACACAACAACCAAUGA